CCUAAAGUACCAAAGAGAAAAAUUGAAAACUAAUACCAAACGCCUUCGCACGCUCAUUUCACUCGCUUUCCACUUUCCAUUUUCCAACGCAACAAACAACAUUUCCUUCUCAUUCUUUUCUUUUUCUUUUUCAUUGCGGAGAACAAAAGGAAAAAAAUAGCUCGUGCGGUUCGAGAUUUUGAAAUCGCUCGAUUUGUAGAACGGAUCUGCUUUUUUUUUUUUUUAAUUCUCUGUUUGGUUUCUAAUCUUUACUCUUUAUUUCAUCGGAAAAACUUGAAUAUCCUUUUUUUUUUUUUCUGAAUUAUGAAAUGUGUAGGCUUAGCUUCGAGAUCUUGAUCUAGUCUCCUGUUAGAUUCCUCAGGACUGAGUCCUAUGAUAUCAGAACGAUAGAUUUCAAAGAAAUCAGCUUGAACAUUCAGCAAAUAAGGCAGAUGAGGGAAAACGGUACAGCCAAUGGCUUGAAUGCAACUCAUGAUGUAGAAAUUGAAGAAAGGGAAAGUUUUGAAGGCCUGAUUAGUGGUGACUGUCUGUCUUCUUUGGUGGAGUGGUUAAAUGCCAUAGUUCCUGAUUUAAGGUUGCCAUUGGAUGUAACAGAAGAGGAGCUGAGAGGAUGUUUGAUUGAUGGAACUGUUUUUUGUACCAUUUUGAACAAGCUGCAUCCUGGUUCUGUUGAAAUGGAUGUUGGUUCCGAAUGCGGUCCUGUUAAUUUCAAGAGGUUUCUGAUUGCUAUGGAUGAAAUGGGGUUGCCCAGCUUUGAAUUAUUCGACAUAGAACAGCAUGGAGCAUGUCUGUUGAAAAAGAUUGUACAAGAGAUAGAAUGGCGAGUUUCAACUCAGUCAGAAAACUUAAAAAAUCAAAAUAACCUUUGUAGGGCUCGAGAGGAAAAGUAUCAAUCAAGGGUUAGAGCACUUGAGACCCUAGUAAAGGGAACUGUGGAGGAAAAUAAGGUUGUUAUAAACCAACUACUGCAUAUAAAGAUUGAAAAGAGCAAACUGGAGGAGAAGGCUAAAGUUGAAGAGCAGGAUGUGCUUCAGCUUAAGAAGGAGAAGAUUCAGAAUGACAUUGAGAUGUCUAGAAUAAGGGAGGAACUAGAAAGCAGCAAACAGAUGCAUGAAAGACAUUGCCUACAAUUGGAAGCCCAGGCUGAGAAUACAAAAGUGGUGUUAGAAGAGAAGUUAAAAGAACUUGAGAGUAUUUUAAGUGAUUCUAGUAAAAAAGUGGAUGAGCUUCAGUCAUUUUCUGAAUCUAAACAAAAGAGAUGGAAAAAUAAGGAGCGCAGUUAUCAAAGCUUCAUUGAUCAACAAUAUAGGGCUUUAAAGGAAUUGAGGAAAGCAUCUAAGUCCAUCAAACAUGAAGCCCUAAAGACAAGAAAGAGCUAUUCAGAGGAACUUAAUUACUUAGGAAUAAAGCUUAAAGGACUAGUAGAUGCUGCAGAAAAUUAUCAUUCUGUUCUUGCUGAAAACCGAAGAUUGUACAAUGAGGUUCAGGAUUUGAAAGGAAAUAUUAGAGUCUAUUGUAGGAUAAGGCCAUUCCUUCCGGGGCAGAGUAAGAAACAAACAGCAAUAGAAUAUAUUGGUGAGAAUGGUGAAUUGGUUGUUUCGAAUCCCGCAAAGAAAGGAAAGGACACUCAUAGGCUCUUCAAGUUUAACAAGGUUUUCAGUCCAGCAGCUACCCAAGAGGAGGUAUUUUUAGACACCCAACCAUUGAUUCGAUCUGUUCUUGAUGGGUACAAUGUUUGCAUAUUUGCUUAUGGUCAAACUGGCUCGGGAAAAACUUAUACAAUGAGUGGACCCAAUGGGUCUUCUAAAGAAGAUUGGGGAGUCAAUUUUAGAGCACUGAAUGAUCUUUUCCAAAUCUCUCAAAACAGGAAAAGCUCCAUUAUAUAUGAAGUUGGUGUCCAAAUGGUCGAGAUAUAUAAUGAACAAGUUCGUGAUCUGCUUGUUGGUGACAGUUGUCAGAGAAGACUUGGGAUUUGGAGCACCACCCAACCAAAUGGGUUAGCUGUCCCUGAAGCAAGCAUGCAUUCUGUAAAAUCAACCACAGAUGUCCUGGAAUUGAUGAAUAUUGGGUUAAUGAAUAGGGCUGUAGGUGCUACAGCCCUAAAUGAGAGGAGUAGCAGAUCACAUAGUGUUCUCACGGUUCAUGUUCGUGGCAUGGACAUAAAAACUAAUGCUGUUUUGCGUGGUAGUUUACAUUUGGUGGAUCUUGCUGGCAGUGAACGGGUAGAUCGUUCUGAAGCAACUGGAGAUAGGCUUAGGGAGGCGCAACAUAUAAACAAAUCUCUGUCAGCACUUGGAGAUGUAAUCUUUGCUCUGGCACAAAAAAAUGCUCAUGUCCCUUACAGAAAUAGCAAACUGACUCAAGUUCUCCAGAGUUCUUUGGGUGGUCAGGCAAAAACCCUUAUGUUUGUGCAGCUUAAUCCUGAUGUAGAGUCAUACUCUGAAACCAUAAGUACCUUGAAGUUUGCUGAGAGGGUUUCUGGUGUUGAGUUAGGUGCUGCACUGACUAACAGAGAAGGGAGAGAUAUCAGAGAACUUAUGGAACAGGUUGCAUUCCUCAAAGAAACCAUCACAAAGAAAGAUCAGGAGAUUGAGCAUUUGCAGUUACUUAAGGGUAAUGGCAAUGCUAUUAAGCAUGGUAUGAGCUCAAUGAGGUAUGGAUCUUUCUCUCCUGGGGGACAGUCCAGUGGGACUCCUCGACAAAGCCAGAGCCUCGCAAGACGGCAAAGCUUGGGAAAUUUUGAGAAAGCAGCUUUUGAUGUGGACAAUUGCUCAGUUAACAGCGAUAAGCAUUCUGAAGCUGGCUCUCAGCAGUCGAUGGAUGACUUAAAAUGUCACAAUGAAUCUUCUGUGCAGACAAAUCUUGCAGGAAGAGAUUUUGGUCAGAAUAUUACUGACGAUAUUGAACUCUUGAGCUUUGGAGAUGCAGAUGCAGAGGAGAGAUUAAGUGAUAUAUCUGAUGGUGAUCUAUCAAUGGGUGAUACAGAAACAGAUGGCUCAAUCUGUAGUGCUGUAGAGUUCACUCUUUUCCCGGAAGUUUCAAAACCUUCUGAUAAACCAGAGGAGGAUGAGAAAGCAGACAAAGCUGAAAAAUCUGAUAAUAAUGGAAGGUCCAUUGUCCCAUCUAAGCUUCCAAAGCUGCCUCAAAAGGUGGUGCAAACAAAACCUACUCGUUUGUCAAUGUUCACGAGUUCCUCAAAGGUUUCAUCAAGUGCUAGGAAAAUUACUGCUGCCACCACUGGCAGUUCUUCAACUAUGCCCCCUAAACGACGGCAAUGAUUUGAAUUUGUAUCUUAGAUAGUAGAAGAAAUCUGACUCAGCCUAGUUUGUAAUUAUAUUUACAACUUUGCUAUGUUUAUUGCCUGUAGGUUGUUCCUGGCUUCCAUUACCUCAUUGGAAGGGGUAAUUUUAGAGAACUGUUCACUUGAAAGUUGAAACUUACAAGCUUGAGGGACAUCAGUCCCUUCACUCAGGUUCUCAUCAUAUUGCCCGUCUAUAUAUAAACUAGAAAGUGAUUUAGCUAUUUGUUUCACGUUUAGAAAAAAAUAAAAGUGGUGGAAUGAUCUUGCUUUUGAACUUUUCAAUUUAAUUUUAAAAAUUGAAAAUUUUGCAAGAAUUAUCCAUGCAUAACGUAACGUGUUAAUCGAACACAUUACGUUUAUGCACUUAUUUAAAUAGUUUGCGUUAAGUGUGAGACGUCAUCGCUGUCUGGGUGGUGUAGUUGGUUAUCACGCUAGUCUCACACACUAGAGGUCCCCGGUUCGAACCC